CUGCCAGCCAGCAAUGCCGCCGCGGCGGGCGAUCGAUGUCCGGAAGGUCGACAGCGGCGCCGCUCCCAAGUGGCGCAUGUCGCUGCUGGAGAGCACCUUCACUCCGUUUCUGCAGUCUCCCGGCGCCGGCGCCGACGCUGCAGCCAAGGCCGUGUUCGCGGAGGGGUCCCUGUUCAGCCCCUACCUGUUCGGCAAGUUCUUCGACCCGGCCGACGCCUUCCCGCUGUGGGAGUUCGAGUCGGAGGUGCUCCUCGCCGCGCUCCGCCGGGGCUGCAGAACCACCGUCGACUGGGCCGAGACGGACUGCGAGUAUUACCUCAGAGCUGAUAUACCAGGUGGAAGGAAGUGCGACGUGGAGGUGAGCGGCGACGGCGCGCGGGUGGUGGACGUGAGCGGGCUGUGGCGCGCGCCGCCGGCCGACGGCCGGGACUGGCGCGCCGGCAAGUGGUGGGAGCACGGCUUCGUGCGGCGCGUGGAGCUGCCGGAGGACGCGGACGGCGCCAGGGUGGAGGCCUACUUCGACGACGGUGACGGGUCGCUCGAGAUCAGGGUCCCCAAGAGGAAGGGCGACCAAGCCGCCGCCGCCUGAGAGAAUCAGAACCUCGCCAAGCGCAACUGGAUUGGAUUAACCGGAGGAUCGCAUGCAUUUGCCGGUGAAAGGAAUUAUUCGGUUUCUUCAUGAUGAUGAAAAGUUGAUGGAGACUGAAAAGACCGUGUUAUCUUGGUAGAAAAAUUCGCAAAGAUAUGGGGAGAGCAAAAGGAGCAAAGAAUCAAAGAUUGAUUACCUAUCUAUCUAUCUCAUGUUGCAGACAAGUGUAAUAUGUUCUUCAGGUAUACCAUGUUGAAUGGCUAAUUAGCAGCGUGUGCAUGCACUGAAGCGUCGCUCUCCGUUUCGGUCGUCGAUCGAAUGGGCUGGGUAUCGAUAUGAUUCCUGAUUAUGAAUGCAUAUAGAUGGAGUUAUUCUUUUUC